AAAGUUUUGUAUAGGAAAUGAACAGGCAGUAAAAUCAGUAUGAAUAAGAAGUGAAUAAACAUAAGAAAAAGGAGUCGGUGAUGGAGGCAUUUGUGAGCAGAAAGAAGUUGAAAACAACACAACAAGAAGAUGAUGAAAAAGAAGAAGAGGCUCAUAAAAGAAAAGGGGAGGUCUUAGUGAAUCUGGGAAAUGAAAGCCAAGUGUUAUAUAUACCCAAGCUCUUUUCCUUUCAAGAUUCUUCUCGUUAUCUCAAGUUUCUCAACAAUCAAAUUCCCUGGACCCGUCCCACCAUUCGGGUCUUUGGCCGUUCUGUUCUGCAGCCACGAGACACAUGUUAUGUUGGGAGUGCAGGGAUAACAGAAUUGGUAUACAGUGGUUAUAAACCAGAAGCACAUUCGUGGGAUGAUUACCCCCCACUCCAGGAAAUACGGGAAGCAGUCCAUAGAGCUCUGCCAGGGAGUUACUUUAACACUGUGCUCUUAAACAGGUACAAGGCUGGUGAUGACUAUGUUGGUUGGCAUGCCGAUGAUGAGAAACUCUAUGGACCAACUCCUGAAAUUGCCUCUGUUUCAUUUGGCUGUGAACGUGAUUUCUUACUGAAGAAGAAACCUGAUAAGACAUCUAAAGCAAGAAAAACCGAGGGUGAAGCUUCUUCCAUGCAAAGAAAGAAGAAUGCAUGUUCAUAUCAGCACUCAUUUACGCUGAAGCAUGGUUCGUUGCUUGUGAUGAAAGGAUAUACACAACGGGACUGGCUCCACUCUGUACCAAAACGUGCAAAGGCCGAUUCUGUGAGGAUUAAUCUUACCUUUAGGCAUGUGCUCUGACUUUUCACCAUUUGCCAUGUACAGUAGUAAAAAGUUUUGGUGGAACAGGUUGCAGAUGGGUUUCCAGUGCUGGAAAGCAGUUGGAUGUAUGCUUCGUCUAAAUCCUAAAUCAAUGUUUGUUUGUUUAUUUUA